AUGCACGCACGAACUCCAGCAGUCCUGUCAUCAGAAGAAAUUACGGUUGCCAUUGCUGCCGUUACCGUUCACAUACGGCCUAAAACAACAGCAUCAAAAUUUGCUUCAAUCAAGUUCUCCAUACAAGCAGGGCAUGAUGUUGCAUUCUAUGUCACCUCUAAUCCACUUGGUGGAAAUGCUACCUUGAGGAAUAUGUCUGAGACUGUUUAUUUUGGGGGACCAGAAGCUGAAGGAGUCCCAGCAAGCCCUACAGAACUGACAUGGGCGCCUGAUCGCAAUACACCAGAUAUAGUUUAUUAUCAUUCUGUCUAUACGCAAAAGAUGGGUUGGAAAGUUCAAGUAGUUGACGGGGGUCUGCCAGAUAUGUAUAACAAUAGUGUUGUUUUGGAUGAUCAGCAAGUUACACUUUUUUGGACAUUAUCAAAAGAUUCAAUAUCAAUUGCAGCUCGGGGUGAAAAGAAAAGUGGUUAUCUUGCAAUAGGUUUUGGACGUGAAAUGGUACACAGCUAUGCUUAUGUGGGUUGGAUUGAUGAUGAUGGAAAAGGAAGGGUGAGCACAUAUUGGAUAGAUGGAAGGGAUGCCUCUAGUUUGCAUCCAACUCAGGAGAACUUGACAUAUGCAAGAUGCAAGUCUGAAAAUGGUAUCAUCACAUUUGAAUUCACCCGUCCGUUACACCCAUCUUGUAGUAAAAGAGAUGAAAGGCCAGAAUGUAAUAACAUUGUUGAUCCUACAACCCCUCUUAAAGUUAUUUGGGCAAUGGGUGCUCAAUGGUCAGACAACCACUUGAGCGUAACAAAUAUGCACUCUGUCACAAGCAAGAGGCCUGUUCACGUGUUGCUUAUGCGUGGUUCUGCUGAGGCAGAGGAGGACUUGCGGCCAGUAUUAGCUGUACAUGGUUUUAUGAUGUUUCUUGCGUGGGGUAUACUGCUUCCUGGUGGUACUCUAGCUGCAAGAUACUUAAAGCAUGUCAAAGGUGAUGGGUGGUUUCAACUUCACGUAUACUUGCAAUACUCAGGAUUAUCAAUCGUUUUCCUUGGUUUUCUUUUUGCUGUAGCCGAGCUUCGAGGUCUGUUCCUCCACUCAUUACAUGUCAAGCUUGGAAUGCUGGCAAUAUUGUUGGGUGUUGUGCAACCAGUAAAUGCCUACUUUCGACCUAAGAAACCUGGUGCUGGAGAGGUGGUUUCUUCAAGGAGGAUUCUUUGGGAAUAUAUGCAUGUCAUUGUUGGCAGGUCCAGCAUUCUUGUUGGGGUUGUGGCUCUUAUCACUGGAAUGAAGCAUUUGGGAGAAAGAUACGGUGAUGAAAAUGUUCAUGGACUUACUUGGGCUCUGAUAAUCUGGUUAUUGGUUGGUGCUUUGACAGUAAUUUACUUGGAGUACCGUGAGAAGAAGAGGCGGCGGGAUAGAGUAUCUGGAGGAAGCAGUUGGGUAUUGGGUAACGGUGAGGAGGAGGAUGUCGAUCUCUUGAGUCCAAGUCGGACAGUAGCAGAAAAAGAUUCAGAUUUUUCUGAAAGAAUGGAAGUGCAGUUAGAACCUUUGAGCAGAUAGAAACUCCCUUUGAAGAUUCGCCUAGGAUAUAAACUUGCUCUGGUCCAGCAAUUUUGAAAUCGGCAACUCAUACAGAAGACAGCAGGCUUUGUUGGUUACAAGGUUUUAGGUGUAUCACAUGUCACGGCUUUGUCCUACUUUUUGUCCCUCGCGAGGCAGCUAAGCUGCUGGAUGUAAUUGUAUACUCCAUACAUUUAUUGGCAUAGUUAAAAAGUAUUCUUUUUAAUAGAAAUCUCUGUAGAAAGGAUUUUGCAGUUCUCUUUUGCA